AUGCACCUCCGACUAUUUUUUGCAAUCCUAGUUAAAAUUUCGCCAAUAGUUGUACUGGGCCAAGAAGAAACGACUUCCCCGUUAACAAUUUCUUCCACUCUAGUAACUUCUACGCCAACAGCUUCUCUCACUCUUGUAACUUCCACGCCAACAGCUUCUCCAACUCUUGUAACUUCCACGCCAACAGCUUCUUCCCCCUUAACAACUUCCACAUCUACUGCUUCUCUUGAACCAGCAGUUUCAAUGCUGGCAACUGUUUCUCCAGCUCCAACUUCUUACUCAUUAAGUGGACGAUCAACAUCGACGGUCAGUCAUGGAAUUCAAACUCCUCAAAACCUUUUCAUUUGCUGGAAGCUUCUGUCAUGUCCAUGGCAUCCGCACCAUCACUGUCAUUGUCCGCAAUACGCACAUAUUUGUUAUGGGCCGUAUACAAAGCUAGUUUGUCCAAACGGAGUCCAUAAUGGAAAUCAAAAGAUCAGUCUAAAGCCGUGGGGAUGA